CUAAAAUAAAUAAAUAUGUCAAAGAGAUUUAAGAUUCAUCAAGAGAAUAAUGAAGGAAGUGGCGGCAAGAGUAGUAAUGAUAAUGAGGGUGAGGAAAAUUCAUUUGACAUGAAUGAAGGAGCGGCUAUGAGUGAUGAUGAGGAAUUGGAAGAAGAGAAUAAUAAUGAAGCAAAGGAGGAGGAGGAGGAUAACAAUGAAGAAGGGAAUUCAGCAAACCCAUGUAGCAGCAGCACAGCAUCAAGAGAAGGGAAGAGAGGGAGUGGUGUGAGACAAUAUGUGAGAUCAAAGAUGCUAAGGCUUCGUUGGACUCCUAAUCUUCAUCUCUCCUUUGUCCAUGCUGUUCAGAGGCUUGGAGGUCAAGAAAGUUCCUUAUCUAGGCAACUUUCUGUGCAAAGCAGUUUUGCUGAAGCUGCACAACUUCUGAAGCCAGCCUCUGCUGCAAUGACAGUAAGUUUUGGACAUUCAUGGACCAAUUCUAGCUUUAGUUCUUGAGAAGUUGAAACCAUAUGGAGGCCUUCAAGAAUCAUUUGAGUCUGCUAAGGCAGUUUCAGUGGGCGCAUCAAAAGGUGUUCAAAGGCUGGGAAAUUAAC